AUGUCACAGGCCGCGGAUGCAAGCAUCAAGGUCCUCCUACUCGGGGACAGUGGCGUGGGGAAGUCCUCGCUUAUGUUCUCCUUUGCCGCAGGGGUCUUCAACCCCGACAUCGGCUCUACGAUUGGGAUUGACUUCAAAGUGAAGACGGUGGAGGUCGUCGAUUCCGAUGGGGUACGCAGGCACGUCAAUCUCCACCUCUGGGACACCGCCGGUCAGGAGCGGUUUCGCACUCUAACCAGCUCGUACUAUCGCGGUGCCAACGCCGUUGCCUUGGUGUACGACGUGAACGAGCCGCAGACGUUUCAUGGCCUUCAGCGCUGGAUGGAGGAGGCCGACGCCUUCUGCCGCAGCGGCGAUGACGAUGAAGACGGCGCUGUGUAUCUGCUCAUUGGCAACAAGAUUGACAAGUGUGUCGAAGGCGUCUCCGGCGUGGGGGAGGACGCACCGUUCAUGUCCGUGCCGAAGGAGCAGGCGCAGAAGCUGGCACAGCGACACAAGAUGCUGCUGGCCUUUACCUCCGCAAAGACGCGUGCGGGCGUUGAGCAGGCGUUUGACGAGCUUGCACGGUGUGUAUACGACAAGAUUCGGACGAAAGGCAGGGAUUAUUCCUCUGGAAUCAACUUCGACCAAACAGCCGGCCAACCAACACAUGGCACAUGCUGCUAG